AUGGUGGCACACACACUGGUCGAAACAGCACGCCAUCCCGAACGCAGCGACCGAGGCUCAGAGAGCGAUAGCUCGCUCGACGAGAUCGCGCAAGAGAAACACAAUGCGCUGGUAGCCACACUCGGUCAUCAUGGCAAGGACCUCGACAACUCAGCAUCCCCGAAACGAUGGAAGACCUUCUGGACCUCAUUCCGACACCUGGCGCACCUGACACCGAAAGAGGUCGACGAUUUCAUGGCCUCAUACGUUAUCUAUAACCUAGAUUGGUCCGACGAGAAAAAAAUGACAGAGGAGCUGGGUCCCAAUUAUCAAGAAAAAGUCGGCGCAUGUCUGAAAUCCUAUUACGGAGUCCUGAACCACCUCUGCGCGCUCGGCGACGUCGAGAAAAUGUACAUCCCGCCCUGGAUGCGACCCAAGACCAGCGUCCUGGACAACCAGCUCCUGUACGAGCGCUCAAUUGCACACGACAUCGGACUCACAAAGGGGAAAAAGGUGCUGGAUCUGGGCUGUGGGCGCGGACGCGUCGCUGCCCACAUGGCGCAAUACACUGGCGCGCAAGUAACGGGCCUCAACAUCGACCCGAACCAGGUGGAGCAAGCGACGACGUUCAAUGCCGAGCGCGGACUCAACAAUACCUUCAUCACGCAGGACUUUAAUGAGCUCCCGCUGCCAUUCGCCGACGAAAGCUUCGACGCCUUCUAUCAGAUUCAGGCUUUGAGUUUGUGCAAGGACUUGCCGACGCUGUUCCGUGAGAUCUUCCGCAUUCUCAAGCCUGGCUCGAUGAUCUCCCUGCUCGAUUGGGUCAGCUUGCCUGCUUAUGAACCUAGUAAUCCGGAGCACGCGGAGCUCAUGCGUCGCGUGAAGCCGCUCAUUGGCGCCGUCGGUACACCCACGCCGGAGAGUCUCGAGGCGGCACUUAGGGAGGCUGGGUUUGAGGUUGUGCGGUCGCAAAAUGCUAGUAUCGAUGGUCUUCAGGCUCCGCUUAUCGAUACCGUCGAUGUAUAUUUCCGGACCCUGCGACAGGCUAUCCUUGCUCUGGUCAAGGUGCAUGUGCUGCCGCGUCACUUCAAGACUUUGAUUAAUCGUCUGUGUCUUGAUGGUCAGGCUUUUGUCAAGAUGGAUCGCAUGCGUCUGGCCACGACAAGUUAUAGCAUCAUUGCGCAGAAACCGAUGGCUUAG